AUGCCUGUUCAUGUUACCGGACUUGAACGGUCAUGGGACUAUUUAAAAGUGGAAUUCGAUCGUAAAAGUGAUGGUUUAGAGGCGAAUAAAGGUGAUAUGGUAAAAUAUUAUGAAGUUUGUGGACCAGGACCAAAAUUAUUUGCAGUUAAAAAUGAUAAAGUUUACUAUCAUAAUAAUGAAAAAUGGAGUCCAUAUCAAAGUGCAACAGAUAUUAAGUAUGACAUAUGGAAUAUGUCUUAA